UUUAAACAUUAGUUUGUCAUAUAAUUAUUUUUAUAGCCAAAAAUGGAUACUGAAUUAAAUCCACCAUCUGAAUUGGGAGAGAAUAUUAGUUAUCCAUCAUCUGAAGAGAAGUUUAUAUUUUUUUACAAUCUUAAUGGUUAUCAAAAUAAAUUGACAGUUAAUGUAAAAAUACCUUUAAAAUCUGUUUAUGAAUUUGGAUUUCGUAUUAUUGAAUCCCAUUCUAUACCCUGUUAUUUAGAAGAAGAACUCAUCCAAUCAUUGGAUUUAUUUGUCCAACAAAAAACAAAAGAUCUUUGGGAUUCAACAUUUUCAAAAAUGAUUUCAAAUGUUCAAAAUUCAGAAGAGUAUUGCAAAUUAGUUCAAGAUUGGGUAAAAGUUUUUUUAAAAGUAAAUGAAACAAAUGAAUGUGACGAUUUGCAGUCAUCUUGGGCUAGCGUUUAUCAUUCUUUAAUUCAUUCUCCAGCUUUAGAACAACUUUUGCAGUUAGAGCAUAACUUUGCUCUAGCAAUAAAAGAGUUGAAUAAACAAAAAGAUUGUCAAAUUGAAGAUUUAAAUGAAAGGCAUGUUGCUGAAAUGGAACAAAUGAUCUCAAAUGUUGGUGACACUCGAAAUGAUAGUGACGUAAAUGAUUUAGCUGCUAAACAGUUAGAUGAAUCACAGAUAUUGGAGACAUUUUGGUCUAAUGCUCUUUUAGAGCUUAAAGAGACCCAAAAGCAUGAAUAUAAGCACUGGGUGCAAACAGUUCAUGAUAACAUUGUCAAUGAUAGACCACUGCCACGCACACGAAGAAUUUCUUCAGAAAGUUUAAAUAAUUUUGAAUUACCUAAUCAAUCAGAAGUUCACAUGGAAGAGAGUUUUACUAUAUAUUUAGGAAAUCAAAUAAAAAGUAUGCAUAAUAUUCGAUUAGUCUGUCGUGAUGUAAUGGACUACUGUCAAUGUAAGACCUCGUUUAUUGGAAAUAAUAUGGUACUGCAACCUCAGCGUCUUCAGACAGCAAUGACAUUGUACUCUGAAUCUUUAUCUGGUCUUAUUUUGCUAGUUGAUGACAGGUUAACUGCAAGAACUGCUAUUAAAAAAAAGUUUGAUUUGGUGUGCAAUGAAUCUAGCGACUUCCAUUUUACUGAAAUUGAUAAGCAGCUAAGUGUGAUUGAAGAAACUUUGAAGAGUUAUCAUUUAAGUUCAUCAACCUCUGAGUUAAAUAAGACAGCAAAAAACAAAAAUCUAUUACAGACAGGUGAUUUUUACAUCACAAAGCAUUCGAAUCUUGCUGAAGUGCAUGCUGUUUUCCAUUUAGUAUGUGAUGACUCAGUAAUUUCGGGGUCUUUAAAUUCACGCCAUCCAAUAAUGAUUGGUUUGCGAAAUAUACUAUUAGUAGCAGCCCGGCAUAGCAUUAACAAUCUUAUAGUUCCAUUGCUUCUUGUUCAUGAAAUGGGUGAGAACUUUACAGUUCAAUGGUGUAUGAAGAGAGCUGAGCUUAUUUUUAAAUGUGUUAAAGGUUUUAUGAUGGAAGGUUUGUCAUGGGAUGGUCAAGACUCAAAAACUGUACAGUUUGUAGUUCCUCCGGGAAUAUCAGAAGAAUUGUUUUUGGCUUUCAGUAAUAUGCUUCCAAAUAUCUUCCGAGUUUCAACAACACUUAAUCUCUCCAACAUCUAAAAUACGUUUUUGGCAUUCAAUAAUAUGCUUCCAAAUAUCUUCCGAGUAUCAACAACACUUAAUCUCUCCAACAUCUAAUAUAUGUUGAAACACAAAUUUCGUUGAAACUUUUUUUUUCUAUUGUUUUGCUGUUGUUUAUGCUGAUGUUAUUUUUCGGAAUUUGACUUUUUAUGGAAUAAAAAUGAAAUAAAAA